AAGAUGACUGAAGAAUUAUUAUCUAAAGAAAAAGAAUUUCAUCAGUUGAAUAAAGAACUUGAGCAGAAAGCAAGUAAUUUGAUAGCAAAAAUAGAUUCUGUUGUUAACACUUACAAUAACGGAUGCUCGAACCUUAAUUCGAGGAAACAUCGCGUAAAUGCGACGAAAGAAAAAACAGCUUAUUUAAAUGGUAUAACAAUACAAAAUGAAGAUAAUUUUCAGAUUUUGGUUAAACGAAAUUCAUCUUUACCUCAUAUUUUCGAUCAAUCCGUUGCUUUAAAGCCAAAAAUAGAAUCACAGAAAGAUAAUGAGGAUGAAGUUUCUAAGCAAAAGAACCUGGCAAAUAAAACUGUUCUUAAUUUCUUAAAAGCUAAGGUAGAUAUAUUACAGGAUGAGCUACAAACAAUGCGAAUUGAAUAUAGAAAACAGUGUGAUAUUUGCAAGAAUUUGGAAUCUGAAAAUAACAAGAUUGAAAUUAAGUUAAAAGCUGAAAUAGAGUCAUUAAAAGAAACAAUUACAAAAUUAGAGAACACUAACAAGGAGUUGCACUGUCAAUCACAAGCAUUAAAUACAGAAAAUUCAAUCUUAAAAAAAGACUUAGAUAGACUUCAAAAGCAAGUAAAGAUAACAAAUCAACAGUCUAAUAGUUGCUUGAUGAGAUUAAAUAGAUCUUUGGAAAAUAAUGAUAAACUUAAGAAUGCAUUGAAAUAUUCUGAAGUAGAAGAAAAGGAAUUGAAAACUCAAAUUAGGAAGCUAGAAGAAGAUAGAAAAUUAACAGUUAGUCACUUGGGAAAGCAACUUUCAGAAUUAAUACAAGUGUUUAAAAAACAAAUGUUAAUUGUAGAUAACUUAAAGAAGCAAAAUGCAUGCUUACUGGCAGUUGGACAACUAAAAUUAACAAAAGAAGAUUUCUCAAGAUUAUUGGAUCAGAAACCUGAAAAUUUAUGAUAUAUUGUAUAUAAAACAUUUAUUAAAUGACUACUGCAAUUCAUACAUUGCAAAAGAUGGAAUAACUUCAUUUCAUAGCCAUACAUUUUAUACAAUUUUAUAUUACAUGAUAUAAUCCUUAAUAAUAUUUUUUAUGAAAA